AUGUUCCCUCAUAUUUAUCAUGGCUACAUUCCCAACGCUCAAAAACCAAUUAUUAAGGCCAAAAUAGAUCACUAUGGCUAUUGUCGAGAGAUGAAUAUAAAUACAGCUUCAUGCUCCGAUGGAGUUUUGGGUGAAACAAGACGGUCGGGCUUGAAAUCAUUUGAUCCACGGAAUAACACAGCGAAUAUGACUUUAACAAUGGAUCACGUUCGGAACAGAACCCACAAAUCUCGAGUAGAGAAUUUAAUGCAAAAUUUCGAUUCGGUGGCAAUAGCUACUUCACGUUCCAUUGAAACGAAACAACAAUCGAUCAUGCCCAACUCGAACAUGUUUAUUCGAAAGAAUUUAUCAGAUACUACUAGUGGAGACUUUAAAAAACAUCAAACAAGUGACUUUCCAAGUCAUGUCACAGCGCAACAAGUGGAAUACAGAAAGGGGCCUGAACAAGCUCACCAACCCUUUACACGAAGAGAACAACGGUCGCAUUCCAGUCAUGCAAAUGUUAAAAAACCAUGCGAUUACACGACCAAGCAUCACUUGGUCAAGUCCAUUGUGAGCGAGGAUUUCAAAGUGUCAACCAUUAUAAAAUGUCCAAAAGGAAAGAUGGAGCAUGCAUCUUCUGUAACAACGUAUCCAGUGCCAGAAGGCUCUUCUCAAGUGAUUCCGUCUUCGUAUUCCAUUGAUUACAAUUCCAAUGGAAAGGAAUUAAUAAGCAGCACCAUAGACAUUGAGGGUAUUCAUAAGGACAACAAGAAAUUCAGAACUCAAGGCUAUUCAGGACAUGUUCCUGACGAAAAUAAUCACACAUUAUAUGGAAGACCAUACACGACCCCGUCUGUUGUCACAAAUAAGGACCAUGCAAAGCAAUCUCUCUACCUUAAUAACGACAGUACACGACCAAUGAAAGGGCAAACAUUUCUUUCCACGAACUAUGGCUCUGAUCACAUUCCAGGUUAUAUGGGUUAUGUUGAACGAACUGUUUAUGACCCGUCCAAGGUCGAAAAAUCCUGUCGGCAAGAUCACAAUCUAGUGAAAACUAUCUUAACAACCUCAGAGGUUGCACACCCCAACAUAACCAAAGCAACCUUUAUGAAAAAUUGGCAAUCUGAUUCUCAGUUGCAGCAUCUCUACGGACAGCUCAAAGACAAGUCGAAUUUUAGACAAAACGCCAUGGUCAAUGAAUUCUUUUCUCAUCAAUGUGGUGAGUUUAUGCCAAGCAGCGACGGCAAGACAAAUGCUGAAAUGUUCUAUUCGAGCAAUAAACGAUUUUGA